GUGUGAGGCAGCUGAGGAGAGAGAGACACGGUGGCACAGUGCUGUGGGGAGAGAGAGAGACACGGUGGUACAGUGCUGUGUGAGGGAGAGUGGCUGCGAGAGUCUUCUUCCCCGUCACGCGGUCCCGGGCAUCUCCCCUCCCCUCCCUCCUCCCUCCUCCCUCCCCUCCCUCUCUCUCUGGCCGCCUGCUUCUCGUAGAACUCGCCGAGGCGACGGGAGACGAGGCCACGGACGAAGCUUUCUCCGCCGCCGAGAGAGAGAGAGACGAUGACGCUCAGCUGACAUCGCGACAGCGCUGAACGAAGAUGGGAAGUUCGGAAAAGGACGAGACGGUGGUGAACGAGGGGAAGGAAGAUGAGAUGGAGGUGCACGCCUUCCGCUGGUGCGCGUGGAGGCUCGUGCUGGUGGGGGUCGGCGCCGUGUGCACGGGCGGCCUGCUACUCCUUGCGCUGUACUGGCUGCCGCGCUGGAACGUGCGGGCGACGUGCUCGCGCUGCUCGCUGCAGCAAGCGAGCAUCCUGCUGCUGCGCACCACGGACGAAUUCAGUAUCUGGUACCGCGUCAAAGUGCGUCACAUGGUCAGCUCCUCCACCAAUCAGAAGCCGCUGUCCAUGGGGGCAGAUGAGACCGAUGACAUCAUUCGUCUGCUGAGCCCAACAUCGUCGUCGGCAUCCACGGAGCACGAGCACAGCGUCCGCUACUUUGCACACCAUUUCGUCAAGUACCUUUGGGAUCCCAUUAAUUACAAGUUCAUCCGCCUCAGGGGUCUGGAGGAGGGGGUUCCUCUGGCGGCGUUUUACUCGACACGCUCGCACGGCCUCCAUGAGGAAGCGCAGCAGCACCUGCGCACGUUUUACGAGGAGAACCAGAUCGCCGUCAAGGUGCCGUCUCACCUCAAGCUGCUCUUCAAAGAGGUGCUGAACCCGUUCUACAUCUUCCAGGCGUUCAGCGUGGCGCUGUGGAUGUCGGACGAGUACUACUAUUACGCCUCGGCCAUUGUUAUCAUGUCCUUCAUCUCCAUCGGCACCUCACUGUACUCCAUCCGAAAGCAAUACUUGAUGCUCCAUGACAUGGUCGAAGCUCACAACGUGGUCGGGGUGGUCGUCUGCCGCCCAGGGAAAGACCCGGAGUCGAUCCUGUCCACGGAGUUGGUUCCGGGAGAUGUGAUGGUGAUCCCGCCCGGUGGCACCAUCAUGCCAUGCGAUGGAGCUCUCAUUAGCGGAAGCUGCAUCGUUAACGAGAGCAUGCUCACAGGCGAGAGCGUCCCCGUCACCAAGACGAGCUUGCCGCACCCGGUGGGCGAUGCGACGGGGCAGGACGAGGUCUUCGACGCGGAAGCGCACAAGCGGCACGUGGUGUUCUGCGGCACACACGUGGUGCAGACGCGGUUCUACAGUGGGGAGAGCGUGCGGGUCGUCGUCGUACGCACAGGGUUCGGCACGGCCAAGGGGCAGCUGGUGCGCUCCAUCCUCUACCCGAAGCCGACCAACGUGCGCCUCUACCGCGACGCGUUCCGCUUCCUGCUCUUCCUGGUCGCCGUGGCGCUCGUCGGCUUCGUCUACACGGUCAUCUCCUCCACGCUCAAGGGGGAGAAAGCGUCGAAGAUUGUGGUGGAGGCGCUGGACAUCAUCACCAUCACGGUGCCGCCGGCGCUGCCUGCCGCGCUCACGGCGGGCGUGGUUUACGCGCAGCAGCGGUUGAAGCGCGCGGGGAUCUUCUGCCUGAGCCCCAACCUCAUCCAGGUGUCGGGGCACACGCACCUCGUCUGCUUCGACAAGACGGGAACCCUGACGGAGGAUGGUUUGGAUAUGUGGGGCGUCAUCCCGGUGGAAAACAAUGUCUUCUCUCCCGUGUGCACCGAGAUGUCGCACCCCGAGCUGGUGCACACGCCGCUGCUGGCCGCCAUGGCCACCUGCCACUCGCUCACCCGCAUCGACGGGCAGCUCACCGGGGACCCACUCGACCUCAACAUGUUCAACGCCACGGGAUGGGUGCUGGAGGAGGCCACCUCGGAUGAGAACGCCAAGUUUGACACCAUCAUGCCCACCGUGGUGCGGCCGGCCUGCAACCCCAACGUUGCCACCAAUCAGAAAGCGGCGUGUGACGCCGACUCGGCCAAUCCCAACUCGGAUCCUGACGUGAGUGGCUAUGAGAUCGGCGUCGUGCGCGAGUUCCCGUUCUCGUCGGAGCUGCAGCGCAUGAGCGUGGUGACGCGCACGCUGAGCGCCCGCUGCAUGCACGCGUACUCCAAGGGCGCGCCCGAGACCAUCAUGCGGCUCUGCGUGCCAGCCAGCGUCCCCAAGGACUUUGCCGAGGUUCUGGAGCAGCACACGCGGCAGGGAUACCGCGUGAUCGCGCUCGCUCACCGGGCCCUGCCGCACAAGCUCAACUGGCACCGCGUGCAGCAGGCGAGCCGUGACACGAUAGAAAGCGGGCUGCAGAUGCUGGGUCUCAUCGUAAUGCAGAACAAACUGAAGCCCGAGACGGAGCCCGUGCUGCAGCAGCUGAAGGAGGCGCGGAUCCGGACCGUCAUGGUCACGGGCGACAACCUCCUGACGGCUAUGUCAGUCGCACGGGAUUGUGGGAUGGUGAACGCCAGCGAUGAGAUCAUCGUCACCGAGGCGACGCCUCCUGGAAACGGUCUCCCGGCAACCAUCACGUGGCACCCGGAGCGGCCAAUCAGCAACGAGCAGCCGCAACAGGGCUGCGUAGUGAACAUGUCCUCCAAUCAUGAAUACCACUUUGCGAUGAGCGGAAAGUCGUUUGCCAUCAUCUUUGACCACUUUCCGGACCUCCUGCCCAAGAUUGUGCUGCGUGGAACCAUUUUUGCCCGGAUGUCUCCAGACCAGAAAACACAGCUGAUUGAAGUUCUACAGGGCAUGGACUACUGCGUGGGGAUGUGCGGUGACGGAGCGAACGACUGUGGGGCGCUGAAGCGAGCCCAUGCUGGGAUCUCGCUCUCCGAGCUUGAGGCGUCCGUCGCUUCCCCGUUCACCUCCAAAACGCCCAACAUCUCCUGCGUCCCCACGCUCAUACGGGAAGGACGUGCGGCUCUCAUCACCUCGUUCUGCGUGUUCAAGUUCAUGGCGCUCUACAGCAUCAUCCAGUACCUGUCCGUGCUGCUGCUCUACUCAAUUUUGAGCAACCUGGGUGAUUUUCAGUUUCUCUUCAUUGACUUGGCGAUCAUACUGGUUCUGGCCUUCACGAUCCCCCUGAACGGUGCCUGGCCGCAGCUCACGGCCAUGGGCCCCCCCAGCUCGCUGCUCUCCGUGCGCCUGCUGCUGUCGGUGGCGGCGCAGGCGCUAACGUGCCUCGGCGUGCAGGUGUGCGCCUUCCUGCUCACGCAGCGGCAGCCCUGGUACCAGCCGUGGGCGCCCAACAUCACGUUGUGUCCUGGUGAGGAGACGCCGCUCAACUCGACGGACUGGGUGCACGACGAAAACAACAUCCGCAAUGCCGAGAACACGACGCUGUUCUUCGUGUCCUCCUUCCAGUACAUCAUCGUGUGCUUCGUGUUCGCCAAGGGGAAGCCCUACCGGCAGCCCAUCUACAAAAACCGUCUCUUUGUGGCUGGGCUCAUCAUUCUCCCGGCGUUCCUCACUUUUCUCAUGUUCUACCGAUAUCCCGGCAUGGAUGACUUCUUUGAGCUGAUUUGCAUCCCGAUGGUGUGGCGGUGCUACAUGUUGGGCUUUGUGGCAGCGAACCUGGUGAUAUCUGUAUUGCUCGAGGCAUCGGUAGUCACCGCCGCCUCCUACAUCGAGUCCCAGCAGCGCACGAAUUUAGCGUGUGAUAACACCAAUCAGUGGGCGGAAAAUUUUCUCCAGCGAACUCGCCGUGGAGACCGACAGGUGUGUGGAAACCCGCGUGCGCGCGCGCGUACGCAGCGUGACGUACGCGUUAUGUCUGCUUGUGUGUGUGUUUUUUUUUACGAUUCUGUGCACGAGUACAAGCGUACUCGCGUUUAUGCGUGCGCGUUCACGCGUCCGCGUACAAUUCCGCGAGCUCUCUGCAGGCGUACCCGUUUGUUCAUGUGCGACGAGCAGAGCGUCGAGUGGAUAUGAUGUGUAGCAAGUUGGCGGAAGAUCUUUAACCCUUGGGUGUGUCCAUCUGUGCCUUGCCCGGGCGGUGGCGGCGGCGGCGGCGCACGCCUGUAAUCCAGCACCGUGGAGGUAGCGAGUGUUUGGUUGUGAAAUUCCCUUCCCAUGAGCGUCGAGAUGCCAUAUCCUGGCUUUCCACAGAACGUGGUACAUACAGCAAAGUGUGGACUCUUCUCCAACUGCUCCAUCUGUAUGGGAUACGAUGCUGCCUCCUUGCAUGCGUGCUUUCACUACAGGUGCUCCGGUUUCCUCCCGCAUGCGUAAGCGCUCAUUGAUUGGCUGCAGACAGCUUAAAUAUGUAAGAGGGCUGCAGAGCGUGGGCAGUUGUUGGUAGCGCCUGCUGCCACCGUCUGUUUGCUGCCUUCUCGCCCAUCUGUGGUUCCUCCUCGCAUCGCCGAGUCUUCUGCCCUCUCCCUCCGAGAGGGGGAGCGAGCACUGCGCGCGAUAAAAGCUGAAAUGAUUAUUAGCCUUCGCCACUCUUGCUGACCUCCCGUCAGUUGAUAUUCACCUUGUUCCAUCGUGUCGGAAUGACCAUAACCAUCCACAGAGGCACUGGUUCCGGAGUCACUUAGCGCGAAAUAAUCCCACACUUGUGUGUGCAUGUGUUUUGGUUAGUCUUUGCGUGUGCGUAUGUGUGUGCAAGUGUGGCCACUUACGUGUAUAUGUUUGCGCUUGUGCGUGUAUGGGGAGCGGUGGCGAAGUGGCUUAGUGCCGCGCUACGAACCCGGCGGCAACCUGGGUUUGAUUCCCGCUCACGGCCAACGCCAGUUACGA